UUAAGUUCAAAAUUUGUCAUUUAGCAACAAAAAAGAAAUAUUAUUAAAAGUUAUGUUAGUAUUCAUUUGUGUUUUUGUUAUAAUAAUUAUUAUUAUUCAAAUAUUGUGGAAUGCAAAGACUUCUCCAAAAACAGAAAUUUAUCAUUCAGGUGAAAGCAAUAUUAUUAAAAAAAUAAUUGACGGCUGUAGUAUUAUUCAUGAAAGUUAUGUACCUAUUCAUAUUUGGGGAAAAUCUGGGCAUUUGCAAAGUAUUUUUUUCUCAGCAAUCGGUCGAUUUGGCAAAACUCCAAAAUAUGAAAGUCAUCGUUAUAAACUUGGUGGUGAUGAUGGUUCUUUGGUAUCUUAUGAUUUGUUCACCACAAAAGUUCACAAAAAUUCAGUGACCAUUGUAGUUGUUCCUGGUAUAUGUAAUCAUUCAGAGAAUAAGUACAUUAAAGUUUUUGCUCAACAUAUGAAUCAACAUGGAUACAAAGUGGCUGUAUUAAAUCACACUGGUGCAUUGAAAAAUGUUCCACUUACAAGACCAAGGAUUUUUACAUAUGGUUAUACAGAUGAUUUAGACUUAGUUGUUAGUGACUUAAUUGUAAAAAAUCCUGGCGAGAAACUUAUAGGAAUUGGGUUCUCACUCGGUGCUAAUGUUUUGAUGAAAUAUUUGGGAGAGAAACCUGAACGACAAUUAAAUUUUUUGUUUGCUGCUUCAUUGUGUCAGGGUUAUAAUUUGCCAGAAUGCAUAACAGUGAUGAGCGAAUGGGAUAAUCUGCGAAGGUUGUACUACUUUGGUCUCACGCGUAACAUGCUAAAGGUCAUUAGUUACCAUAAAGACAAGUUUGAAAGUCACAGCAUAAAAAAUAAUAUCCCACUUGAUUGGAAACGCAUUUCCUCAGCCAAAGCACUUCAUGAGCUUGAUCAUCAUUUUACUGCAAAGGUUUAUGGUGAUAUUUCUGAUAUGGCAGCAUUUUAUAGAAGCAACAGUUCAAGUACCUAUAUGAAAAAUAUUUUUAUACCAACUUUGGUGUUAAAUGCAAAAGAUGACCCAUUAAUUCCAGAAUCUCUUUUUAAGUACCCAAGAAGUCUUUGUGAUACAAAUCCGAAUGUUGUGUUUGUUGUAACUCCUUAUGGUGGCCAUCUUGGAUUUUUUGAAGGUGGUUAUAUUAUACCAAAUCGUUUGUCUUGGCUGGAUCGAAUGUUGCUGGAGUUUACAAACGUAGCUCUAGAUGUUGUUAUUAAAAACGAUGUUUUAGAACCGAAAGAAGUUGUGUUUGAAUGCUGAUCUCCCAUAUAUACUGCAUAGUUUAUAUUAGAAUUCUGAAAUAUUGACAAAGUAAAUAUUUAGUAGAGCCAAGUUUUUUUUUAUGAAUCUGUAUAGUUUAAUAAGGUUUUAUAAUUUUUGUAGAAUAUUAGCUAAAUUGUUUGGUUAUGCACACUUA